AAACACAAAACCUGGAAAACAUAUAGCAGUUUUUUAUUAUUUUUUUGACAAAAUAACAAUAAAAUGGCAAUGGCUGUUUUCCAACUGGAUAUCCGACCCGCCACCAGAAUUGCCGGUGUCGCAACCCUCUAUCACCUCAAGAACUCUGCUCCAUCCGACCCGAGACCUAACAUCUUACGGAUCGGUUCAUCAGCUAGGAAUAUAACAAGACCAGGAAAUGGGUCGGCUGUGACGAAAAAUGCAAAGAAGAACAACAAGAAGCCUGAUACAUGUACGGCAGAUGAGCUCCACUAUGUCACCGUUUCUAAUUCUGAAUGGAAACUCGCUCUAUGGCGUUACUUACCCUGUCCAAAGGCAAAGCCAAGGAACCAUCCGCUGCUGCUGUUAUCUGGGGUUGGAACUAAUGCUAUUGGAUAUGAUCUCUCUCCUGAGUCAUCAUUUGCUCGCUCAAUGUCUAAUCAAGGAUUUGAUACAUGGACUCUUGAAGUUAGAGGAGCUGGUUUGAGUGCAUUGGUGGGUGACCAUGGGGAAGAUUCUGAGGUUUCUUCGGUUGAAGGGGAAAUAACAGAAAUUUUAUCUAAAUCCAAGAAAUCACAAUCAAAGUUGUCGGAAACUCUUGUGCGCUUAUCUGAAAAGUUCUUGGGAUACUUUGAUGAAGGGAGAAACUCUAUCAUUGCAUGCCAAAUUAGGGAUUUAAGUCAAAAGCUUGUGAAUAUUAUUGAAGGCCAGCGAUCAGUUGCACCACAGAUUUUCGGCUUCUCUGAGAACUUUUCAACUGCACUAGAAAAAUUCCUGAAUCAAGUUGAUCUCAUUGAGAAGUAUGAUUGGGACUUUGAUCACUACCUGAAAGAUGAUUUGCCAGCUGUGAUUGGGUACAUAAGGACUGAAUGCAGACCAAAGGAUGGCAAGUUGCUUGCAAUCGGGCACUCCAUGGGCGGUAUUCUGCUAUAUGCACUGCUGUCACAAUGCUGUUUUCAAGGAAUGGAUUCGGGGUUGGCAUCAGUCGUUACUUUGGGAUCAUCACUUGACUACACGUCUUCAAAAUCAUCACUCAAAUUGCUUUUACCUGUGGCAGACCCUGCAAAGGCAGCUAAUGUUCCUGUUAUUCCACUUGGAGCAUUACUUUCUGCUGUUCACACUUUUGCAUCUCGUCCUCCUUAUGUAUUGUCUUGGUUAAAUCCUCAAAUUUCUGCACCUGGCAUGAUGCAUCCUGAGUUGCUUGAAAAACUUGUUUUGAACAACUUCUGCACAGUACCAGCAAAGCUUCUAUUGCAGCUGACAACAGCAUUUGAAGAAGGUGGAUUACGAGACCGUAGUGGAUCUUUCCUAUACAAGGAUCAUCUAGGCAAAACUAAUGUUCCUGUGUUAGCAAUUGCAGGGGAUCAAGAUCUCAUAUGUCCUCCAGAAGCUGUAUAUGAAACAGUAAAGGUCAUUCCAAAGCAUUUGGUUACUUACAGAGUUUUUGGAGAGCCAAGUGGUCCGCAUUAUGCUCACUAUGAUCUAGUGGGAGGAGGCCGUCUGGCUGUAAAUCAAGUGUAUCCUUGCAUAAUCAAUUUCCUCGUUCAACAUGACAUAUAACUUAAUUUCCGCAUAACAUUAUUUAGAUUCUUCCUACAUGAAAUCAUCUAUCCGAUAAGCAAGAGGCAAGCUGAUGAAGAAUCUCCAGCAAGUCUCAACAAAAUCAGAGGACAUAUUAUAGCAGAUAGUAUACCUGAAUUCAAGCUACUGUAUCUGAAUAUCAUAUUUGUAUAUUUAUAAUUUACUUACAAGAAACAGCAGAUGUGACCGCACGAACAAUCGAGUGAACGUGCAUGCUGAAAGGAAAUAUCUAAGAGGUGUGUUUUUAUUUGUACAAUUGCAUGUUGUAGUUGUAUACAGAUAAGAUGUGUAGGUGACUGGAAUAUAAUGAAGAAAUGCUAAUAAAUACCAACAUAUUAUUUCU